GAAUUAUUAAUGAGGUGUAUAAUACAUUCUCUGGAGAUGGGUUUAAAGAAGUCCAGGUGAUAAAAGAACCAAAGAAAGUAGUCUAAGCAUGUGAUGAAGACGAAGGCUCAGAGACUGCAVCAAGUGAAGAUUCAAGUGAUUCGGUUCACAUUUUUACUUGCCCAAACGAAGGCUGUGUGAAAGUGUACCAAAGUUAUGGAAAACUGGCCUGGCACAUAGAACAUGGGAAAUGUGAAUAAAAGACAGAAAAGGGAGUCUCUUCUAAACAAAGCAAAAGUCAUGUAUGCUGAAAAGUUACUAGUCGACCAUAAUGUGAAUUCGCAAGGUAAUGUAAAAUCAGGGGUCCAUGAGAGCGUUACAUCUACUGACCCACUUCUUCGGGGCUGGGCUCUACGUCUAACGAGAAAGAAGUCGAGAUUUACAGCAAAACAAAAGGAAUACCUCGAURAAAAGUUUGAAUCAGGAGCGAAAACCGGGAAGAAGUAUAAUCCUUUGCAAGUAUCUCUGGAAAUGAGGACAGCAAGAGACAAUGAGGGGAAGUGCAUUUUUAGUGUCGACGAAUUUCUUUCUGAAGAUCAGAUUAAAGGAUAUUUCUCUAGAAUCUCAUCAAAAAGAAAGCGGGACAAUGUUAGUGAUGAAAGUGAAAGAAAGCAAGCUUCAGCUGUAGCCGAGGAGAUGAUGUUACAAGACAUGCAUCACCUGGUGGAUAGAAAUAUCCAGAUAUCUCAUCCAAUUAUAAUUGAUAACUAUAACGUGUGUGACCUGGUAAAAAAAGACAGAUUGAACAAACUUUCAAUCCCACUGCUCAAAAACCUAUGUGAAAAGCUUGAUGUCAAUUUGAUCAAAGUAGGUUCGGGAAAAAGAAAGGGUCCUUAUAUUGCACUACUCAAAAAACUUGUGGCGACCUGUUCCUGCAGUCAAAUCUAAACUACGAUACAAUGCCCUUUUAAUAAAUAAAGAUUACAAAAAGUCGAGAAGUGUGGUCAGCGGUAUGUAUCAUGAAUUCAUGCAUAACAAUAUUGUAAACAGCCACAGCCUGCAGAAAUUGUCUUUUCAUUGCGAUUUACUGUACAUUUAGCGGUCUAUCAGCCCCAGAUUUCCUCAAAAAAAGAAAAAAAAAUUGAAAAAGAGCCUUGAAUUCAGAAUAUUCGCUAAUAAUCAGUUGGAAUGCCGUGACGAUAAUGGUAUAAGCUUUAAAUUUCCCAUCGCUUAGUGUCCAAUCGUUCAACAAUCAGCUUCGAAAUUAUCGUUCGAUUGUCAUUGUUUACUGCCCAAUUAAAUAUUUCUUGAUCGAUAAUUUCCCAGAACUAAUCUGAAGAWGGACAACUGAGUACUAUUUAAUGCUGAAAAAUAUUCUAGUUGUACACAAAAGCRRGACURAAGGURAGAAGAAAUUGUUGGAUCUAAAUUCUAGAAAGUUGC